AAGCAGUAGCACAGUCGUAGUUUGCAGUUCGUUGUGGUUACAUAUUCGCUCCUAAGCAAGCAUCAAACCGAAGCCUACUGAGCCAUUUAAAGCAGCUCUAGCUUCCAAUUUUGUAAACGGAUUUUGUCGUGCAAAUCAAAUAUUAAAAUGAGUCCCGAAAACAAGAAAAGUGAAGUUGAAGUUGAGGAUGUUGCCGCCACGGAAGAAAGCGCCGAGACCGUGAAGGAACUGAAAGGAGUCAAGCGGCCCGCCGAAGAAAAAACGACAGAAUCCAAAAAAGUGAAGAAGGACAAAAAUGGCGCGGGCGAGGAUGUAGAAGAAGAGGAAGACGAAGAUGUCGAUGAUGAGGGCGAGGAAGCGGAGGGAGAGGAUGAAGAAUAUGACGUUCCCUAUGGCGAUGAGGAGGAUAUCGAAGCUGAAGAUGAGGAAGAUGAAGGUGAUGAGGUCGAUGGGGAAGAGGAGGAAGAUGACGAGGAUGCGUAAUGAAUGUAAUACUGAGUGUUGGGGCAGGUCGAGGCUUUACCCGGCUUACCGGGGCAGAUUGCUCCGGAAUGGUUUACAAUUAGUCGGGGAAAUGCCAUGCGACUUAACAGCCACCGUUCUAGUUCCACACAAAACUGCACUUUAUCAAAUCCGUAAUUGAUAGUUAAUUUAUUUAGCGUGAUCCAGUUAUUGCGUCUUCGGUAGCCCUUCGGUACACUAGUUUAGUAGUGGCCAUUUACUAUCGAUAGUAGCUUGGAAGAAAGGCAAUAACAGUAUGAUGAGAGAACGCGAUUCAGAGUCCGAGGAAAUGUUCGGUCAUCGGUGCAUAACCUGAAAGUGAUCUAAACCUAACACUGAGUAAGAGUGAAACUAAGUACAAUAGUAUUAGGUGAUUUAUUAUUUCGAUUUACAUUAAAUCUGCCGAAUAAUAAGUACAUGCAACUAUGAA